AUGGAGUACCUUUCUGACAUAGCAUCAUACUGCCAUCAGCUGGUAGCGGACAAAGCAUCCGACAGAAAGAAAGGUGUGGAGAAGUUGCUGCAGCUGCUGAAAAAGAAUUCUGUGUUAGAGGCAUUGGACAAAACCUCUGACAGUAAGACAAGCCGCAGGGAUCGUCACAUAACAUGGGAUGGUAUUUUACGGGGUGCUAUUGGUUAUGUGAAUGUAGAGACUACUACACUACAAAAGGCCAAAGAGGCUCAAACAGCUUCAACACUUGCAAACAGAGCGAAACGGAAACAGGAAAUCAGUGGUGUCUUCAAGUCUGUUAUCAGAUAUGCUGACAAACGUGGCCCUCGAUUGAAGUGUUCCAGCAUCCUCAAGCACCUUACAGAUGUACUCAAGGACGAAUAUAUGUGCAAUGCCUACGGACUAGACUAUAGUAAUAUCUUACUGAAAAAUCUGCUGACUGUGCGUAAAUAUUGGACAGAGAUCACAUUGGAGAUGUGGCAAGAAUUGAUAGCACUCUACUUCAUGAUGUUCAUGGACACUGACAGUCAGAUUGACAAGACCUUACUCUCACGACUGAUUCGGGUGUUGAUCUCUGGCGCUACCACCCAGUGUGAUUUAAGACCUAAACGUCUUCUCAAAUUCUUCUCAGAUUACUUCAAAAAUGUCAGACAGGAGAAGACAUCAGGUGUUGUGGAGAAUCUGCUUUCAGCCUUAAAUAUAUUUCUUGUCAAAAUAGGGGAGAAGUAUUGUGUCAAUGAAGUGGUAGAAUUCCUGCACCUCCAGAUGGAAUGUCACCACCCAGGAGGAGCACGACGAGGAACUCCGGAGGCAACAGCAGUUGACUGGGAUGUGUGGAUGAGUCAUCUGAGAAAACUUUAUGAAGUUAUACAUGGAGAUUUAAAACAGCUUGGAGGCCGUACAAAGUUUUCAGGACAUGCUAGAGAUGUGUUCCAGUCCAGAGAAACAGAGUUGUCACCAGCCUACAUCAACCUAGCUGCCGACUUAUGUCACCAGCUGUUUGAGGUAGACAGCCGGGAGCUGGAGAUAACGCAGGUUGAAGAAUCAUCAGAUCAGGGUCCAAGGAGUAAGAAACGACGCUUAGAAUCGGGAUGGCAUGCCAUUCGGGAUAAUUUAAGCUCCCUAGGACAGAGCCAGCAACUGGUGCCAUGGCUACAACUGACAAAGCGUGUGAUUGAGAAAUACCCGAGCAGCUUCCCAGAGGACGAGUUUCCACAGUAUCUACACUGUCUGUCUCAGCUACUGGCCCAGUGUAAAAGAAAUGAUCUGAUGGGUCACCUCCUCGACUGCCUUCUGUGUUUUGUACGGUACCCGGUCACUCUCCCACAGGUCAGCCAGGACACCUGUAUGACUAUCUGGAAAAAAGUUUGGGCUUCUACUCUCAGAGCCUUAAGUCUACAGAAUGCUGUAGAACCAAGUUUCAAGCUUCUGACAGAGAUGCUGAGAAGUGAACUAGUGCCUUGUGAAAGAGAUAUAUGGAAUCUCUUCCUGCCCUCCAUUUCAAACCCCACUGAUGGUGCAGUACAGUUCCUCAUCACCUACCUGAUGACAAAGAGCCUCCCAGAAAAUUAUCAGCCUAGUCUCCUCAGUUCCAUGGCAACUGAUGGUCAACAGUUAUAUCCACUUAGAAUGCAACUUCUGGAAUGGCUACUGCCUCCACGUCUUGUUAUUGAUGGAACCAUGGCAACCAAGCCUAAAUAUGACCUUGACCCUGGUUUAGUAGGACAGGUGUUAACAUUACUUGUGAUGAAAAAUCCAUCGUGUCUAAUGUUUGUUCCACCCGAGGAGAAAGAUUUUGUAACAGACCUUGAAAGAAUAUAUCUAGAAUCUUCUCACGACUUUCCGUUAUAUAGCAGACAAUUAACGACUCAGAACAAAGAUGUUGGAAGCAAGGAAAGUGUUCUACUGUCUGUAUUGUUGAGACGAAUUGAGGAAAACAUGAAAGAAAAUGUUAACUCUUUGCUGGAGUUCUCAGAACCACAGGCUGUAGACACACAGUCUCUAGCAAAGGAAGCAUGUCAAAUCACCAAAUUUAUAUACUGGUUGCUAAAAUAUGAACUUGUUUCAAAAGACAAUUUGGCUUCAAUGGAUAUAUUAAGUGUAUUGAAAUCUGUUCUUAGGAAAAUUGGAACGUUUAUAAACGAUAUUCAUCAGAAUCAUGGCGCAGUGGAGCUUGUGAGUGUGUUGCCAUGGUUACGGGUGAUGUUAGAAUGGGAGGAAUCAGACAGUGCAGGGAUCAUAGUUGCCAGACUAGUCCGCUCUCUAAUGCCAGCCAAGGCUGUAGACACUCUCCUUAAUAUGGCUGUAGUUACAGUUUCUAAAAGAACUAAGCAUGAUACUAGCACAAGUCAAGACAGAACAUCACGGAGAGGAAGGAUUCUAGAGGACUUUGAUGAUAUGGAUCUUGAGUUUGACGACACAUCUGUUAAGGACACCACAGAUGACCUUGGUUGUGAUGAUGGUUUUGGAGAUUCACAGGAUUUGGAUGAGGCAGCCAAACAAGGGGAUGAUUUUCAGAGCCUUCUAUCACCUACUGUGUUGACGGAUGCUCAGAGAGUGAGAGUGGAUGCUGCAGGCGUCCUUUGUCUGUGGGCAGGGUUUGAUACUAUGGAGAUGAGACAGGCCACACCCUUUCACACAGACACAGACCCAAGUGUUGUCAAGGAAAAGCUAGGAGAACUACUGGGGGAGGACAGUUUUGACCCCCAUAAGGCUGUAGACCUUCAGUUGAUGAAAGAGAUGAUGACUUGUCUGACCCGCCCGUGUCAACAGCUAGGAGACUUAGAUCUAGAUAAUAUGGUGGGCGCUAUCAGACAAGUUGCCAAGGUACAACGGAAAGACCAGAAUGUGAGUUUCACUUGUCUUGAACUCCUUGGACACGUUGCUAGGCGACUGGCCGAUGAUGAGGACGAGGAUCUGCCUACCAAAACCAAGCUUGAGUGUCGUGAUACAACCAUCAGCUUGUUGUCAGCUUUCUGGAAGUUACAGGAUGACGAGUAUUGCUGUAAAGUGAGACUGGCAAUUGCCAAGUGUAUCAUGCAGCUCCUACAGGUUGAUCCUGAGAAGAGAUGGGUUCACCUGUCCAUACCUCGUGAUAACGAGAAUACAGGUAACACACCAAUAGAUCUAUUGUUCAUGCAGUACCUGUCUGACCCCGCCCACUCUGUGAGGAUGUAUGCUGCCCAAGGCAUAAUACAGAUGUUUAUGGUUGGACAAGAAAGAAAGGUUCCACGAGACAGGGUAGAACAGGACAAGGCAUUCGAUAAAAUCUAUGAGAUCAUCAAUGAAAGCUUGGAUUUUCAGGGACGGUUGACUCCAGAGCGUGCCCACGAUGAGCGUGAGAACAGGACAGGGAGCGUGCUAACAACUUUGGGAAACAUUAUGUGUAUCAGUCCAGUCUGUGAGAAGAAGGCAAUGUUUGCUCUGUGUCAACUCAUCAAGGAAAAUGAUGUGGAAAUUAAACAAAUUCAAAACAUAAUCCAGAAGGUUUCUAAAAUUCUCCGCUUCAAAGAUGGUCACACUUUCAUGGCUGACCACCUUCCAUACCUAGUGCACCAGUGGUUGGGACUCGGCUACCCUGUCACAGAGUUCCCACAUCAGAUGGCCUUUUGUGACACUAAACAGCACUUCUACAGGGACCAUUACAAAAUUUUAAUACCAGAAUUGAUUAUGAAGAAGAAGAUGGACAAUGCCAAGGAGAUAGUAGUUGCUAUGGGAAAGGACUGGACAGAGACAUUGACGUUGUGUAUCCCUAAAACAGUGGUCCACAUCCUGCCAUUAUUUGCAGCCACACGUCUGGGAGAGAUGUCAGGAGAUGAGACUGUGAGGCGGCGGACAGCCCAAGCUACGCAAUGUUAUGAUUUACUGUCACAGGAGGCAACAAGAGAGGUGUUAGAAACGACUAUUGUGAGCAACCUAGAUGAGAUCGUCGUCAACAUCCUCAUGUGUUUGUAUGACACAGAUACUGACAAGUUUAUUCAGACAGGUAUUAUAAGGGAUAUGGAGCCGGAGCCCAACCCUCCCUGUUUUAAUACCUACAUGAUUAAGUCAACCUUGGACUACCUUACACAAAGCUUCUCCAGUAACAACAAGUCACUGAUAGAUGUCCUGUCCCGUAAACAUGACCAGAUACAAAAGAUACUGUUAGAAUUGGCUAUCAAGCUGACCAAAGAACACAGACUUCAUGACAAGCGUCGCAUUCUGAUGAUGUACCGCCUUUUCUGUAAACUCCUUUUUAAGGAGUUUGAUGGCCAGCUGGGGGGAAACUGGGCCUUCAUUAUGAGGGAGGUCAUGUACCGGCUUAUAUAUAUCCUCAAGGACAUGGUGUCUGUGAACAGCCCAGUGACUGAGGAAGUGGCCUACAGGGAGAAUAUUGCCUGUAUGGCUCUGGAGCUUCUGAGAGACCUUUGUGUCACCUGUAUGGAGAUCUGUUCUCAGGAAUUUGAGAAGUACCUGACAUUUUUUGUGAGCAGCCUUGUUCCAAUUGCUGAAAGUUCUGGGAUAGUGGGAGAAGAGGCAGCUGGUUUGCUACGUUUGGUGAUUUUGGACAACUAUGCCGUUCUAAAGCAGGGUAUCAUAUCACUUGACCCCUUCCCCAACACAGAGGUGUUCUCACAGCUGCUUGUUACCUACAACAGACUCAAGUUUGCAGGAGGCACCUUUUCACUUAAACAGGAAAUAGAACAUUUUCUGUCAGUGUGUGAGAUGACUGGUGGUCAUUCAGAGAGCAGGAUUGAGGGACUUCAGCAUCUUUCACAGAAGUUACACUCCCAAAAAUCUGAGGUCCUAGUGCUGGCCAGAGAGGAACAAGAUAAAUCAACAGAUAAUCUUCUAUGUAAACUGGUUUGUAAACUGGUCUACAUGGCCUUGACCUCUGGAGACAGGGUCAAGGACAAGGUUACACAGUGUUUAGGAAAGAUUGGUCCUGUUAACAUGGCAACAGUUGCUCUACCAGAUGUGACAGAAUUGGCAUGUUUACGAGAGGCUAAGGAGGUGUUUGAAGAGGACACAUACCUCCAGAACUAUUGUGUUAUAUUCCAUACACUCAACACAUACCUGGUUGAUCAAGAUGUUGAUAUAGUAGAGGCUGCCUCGCAUGUCCUCAAGUCAAUGUUGUGUACAAAUACUGGUACAGACUUCGCCACCAUCUACAAGGAGAAAGUCAGUGAUAAGGACCACCUCAUAGAAUAUCUACAUCCCUUCAGAGUCAAGAAAAAGGUAACAGCUCGUACAAAGUCCAAACAACCAACAAGUACUGACCAGUUCUGUGGACUUGUAGACAGGGAAACACUAUGGUUGUCUAACACCAGUAACCAUGGAAACUGGGUCAGGAGACUGACCGUCACACUGAUACAGAGUGGCGCUGUCAAGGAUGAGAUUCUGGCCUUAUUAGAACCCAUCUGUGAAAGGAAGACAAACUUCUGUGAGAUCGUAUUACCAUUGCUGAUACAUGACAUCCUGGUACAAGGAGCAGAAAUCCACAAAGAUGUUCUGUCCCGACAAGUGUCUGCGUUCUUCUCCACCCACUGUGGCCAUGGUAACCUGGAAGGCCGCAGUGUCACACCUGUAGACAAGACAGAUUCCACAACUGUAUGCUUCACUAAAGACUCCAUUAGGACCAUGCUAAAAGUGGUGCAGCAUCUCAGACAGCAAGAAAGACCCAAGGAGGGGAGAAGACAGAUGACAGCUUGGGAUAAUAAUUUCUGGCUGGAUUUGAACUACCUGCAUGUUGCUAAGGCAGCUCUCUACUGCUCAGCCCACUUCACAACAGUGCUGUACUCUGAGAUCUGGUGUGAUGUACACAGACAACAGGAGGAAGAUAGUCGUAAUUCUUCAGGCAGUCUUAGUCUCUCUCAGGACUUCACGCAGGACACACGGAUAGACUCGGUUAGCUGUGCAUCAACAGAGGUCGGCAUCAAUGUACAGGACCUGCUGAUGGAGGCCUUUCAGCAAAUUGGUGACCCCGAUGGCCUUUAUGGAUGUGGAGCAGGGAGACUGGCAGACACCUCAUCAAGAGUUAAGACGUACGAGCAUGAGAAUCUGUGGGACAAAGCUUUAGUUACAUAUGACAUUGACAAGGCCAGUUCCACAGCUGGUUCAAAUCUGGGAUUACUGCAGGCUUUGCAAAAUUUUGGUGCCCUUGAAGUGUUAAAUAACUACUUCCAUGGGAUAUCAACAGGAACAGAUGUUGCCCCUAAUGUACAGGAGCUACAGUAUCAGGCAGCCUGGAAGGCUGGUCAGUGGACACUGGAUCCCACACUCAGAUGUAACCAGACAGGAUACCAGCAGGCUGUUUAUGCUGCCCUGAACGCAGUUAGAGACGAUCACCUCUCUAUGGCUUCCACUGCAAUCCAAACAGCCAGGUUGUGUGUGAUGGAGAGACUGAGGGAGGGAAGUAUGGAGAGUGCCCGCUGUCUAUACCCCAUGUUGACUGACCUCAACUGUGUCUCACAGAUAGAGACCGCCAUCAGCUGUAAUCUCAGGAAUGAUGCUGAGUUGUCAAGUCUACUGGAACGUUGGUCAGGCGAGGAUGAAACCUACCUAACCAGCAAUGACUUUGAGUUCCUAGAACCAAUCUAUAACAUUCGUAUCACACUGUUACAACUGUUCCUAAACAAGGGGGAUAACUCUGCUGUGUCUGACUGUCUACAGAGACAGUUGUUACAAUUGGCUAGACUCAGCAGUGGGGCAGGCAGGCAUCAGGUAGCAGAGAGAGCCAUUGGUCGACUGAAGUCCCUUGAAACAUCAGUCCUUGACCUUCACAUCAACAAGAUGGUGGAAGAAGCCAACAUGUUUUGGGCCCGCAGGGAGCAGAACACAGCCAAACAUCUCAUGAAAGACAUUAUCUUACAACUUAAAAAGGUUCACAGGAAGAAUAAGGAUGCUACCACAUACUAUGCUAAAGUACUGUGUAUAAAUGGGAACUGGCUGGCGGAAACUAGAUCGGAGAACCCAAACAUCAUCAUGGAAGAUUACCUUGAAAAAGCAGUUUCAAUCUUGGACCAGGCUGGAAUCGAGGACGACGCAGCAUUGGACUCGUACCUAGCACUCGCCCGCUACGCUGACAGCCAGUAUCAACACAUCGUCAAUUACAUGAAGUCUAGCACUUUUGAGGCCAAACAGAACCUGUUCAAGAAAGCUCAGAAGGAAAUUGAGUCCCUGAAACAAGUUGGAGACAAUACAAAAGAGAAGUACUUCAUCAUUCUAAAUAAACAGAGUCAGAUUGACAGACAGGAGAUUACAGCCCUGGAGGACGACAAAGGCCGCUUUCUGGUGACAGCUGUGGAGAACUAUAUGCGCUGUCUCAAGGCAGGAGAUCGACAUGACCUUCGUGUUUUCAGACUGACCUCACUCUGGUUCAGUAACAAUAAUGACCAGGAAGUCAAUGAAAUCAUACAGGACAGUAUAGAGAACCUUAGUACAUACAAGUUACUGCCCCUGAUGUACCAGCUGGCCACUAGGAUGGACACUCGGCCCCACAAGGACCAGUGUCCACUAUUUCAAAAUACACUCAAUAAGGUAAUUGAGAGGACAGCAGUAGACCACCCUCAUCACACACUCUUCUGUAUACUUGCUUUAGCCCAUGCCAAGAUGGAUGCUGACAUCUUCAAAGACCCUAACAGAAAGAGCAAGUUGACAAGGACAUUGUCUGACAUGGCCAGAGAGGAGGAGGGGAGAAUUGAAGCAGCCAAGAACUUGGUGGAGAGGUUAAAGGCUGACAAGGGGCAUAACUCUGUCGCGCAUAUUGUUAAAGACAUGGAGAAGCUCUGUCUGGCUUACAUAGAACUGGCUAACUACCCGGUCACAAAGUACAAGGCAGAGACAAAGCCAAUCCCCUUUCCUAGCUUGCUGAAGCUGCCUGCUGUGAAAGACUUGCGUAAUAUUGCUGUACCUACCGUUGAAAUUCCUGUGGACCGCAGUGGAAGAUACACAAACAUUACCUAUAUACACAAUUUUCAACCGACAUUUAAGUUGGCAGGCGGCAUCAACUUGCCAAAAAUCAUAUCAUGUAUGGGAUCAAAUGGUAGAAGUUACUGUCAGCUUGUGAAGGGUCGUGAUGACCUUCGUCAGGAUGCUGUGAUGCAACAGGUAUUUAACAUGGUCAACAACCUUCUCAAGAAGAAAUCAGAAACAAGGAAGCGUGGCCUUCAGAUUCGCCAAUACAAGGUCAUCCCACUGUCACAGCGAAGUGGCCUGCUUGAGUGGUGCGAGGGCACCCUUCCCAUCGGAACAUACCUGAUCGGAGGCAAGAGUGAGGCAGAGGGUGCCCACAGGCGUUAUCGCCCUCAGGAUGCUCUGGCCAUGGACAGUCGACGACAACUUGCUGGAGUACAUACCCAGCCAGCAGAGGUAAAAUACAAAACAUUCCUAGGAGUGUGUAGUAAAUUCCGACCUGUGUUCCGUCACUUUUUCAUGGAAAAAUUUCCAGAGCCUGCUCACUGGUAUGAACGCCGGCUCGCCUACACCAAGAGUGUGGCCACCAACUCUAUAGUGGGCUAUAUACUGGGUCUCGGAGACCGACAUGUACAGAACAUUCUUGUGGAUUGUAAAACUGCUGAACUCGUCCAUAUUGACCUAGGUGUUGCGUUUGAACAAGGCAGAAUCUUGCCAACUCCAGAAACUGUACCAUUUCGGCUGACACGAGAUAUUGUGGACGGUAUGGGUGUAUCAGGAGUCGAGGGUGUGUUUCGUAGGUGUUGUGAAAAGACAAUGGAAGUGAUGCAUGACCACCAGGAGGCGCUGCUGACAAUUUUGGAGGUGUUGCUCUACGACCCCAUCAAUACUUGGUCCAUGUCACCUGCCAAGGCAUAUGCACUUCAGCAUAGGCGUGACCGUACUGAUGAUGCCUCAGAGCUCAAUGCUACUAACACUGCCCGAGAUAUGCUGGAGAUGGCCAGUGGUUCAGAGGAAAAUAGAGAAAAUGUCAACAAAUUGGCAGAGCGUGUUUUACUACGGUUACAGCAGAAAUUACAGGGAAUUGAGGAUGGGAUACAGCUGAGUGUGGCUGGCCAGGUAAACCACCUUAUACAGGAGGCACGUGAUCCUAAAAAUCUCUCUAGGCUUUUCCCCGGAUGGCAGCCAUACUUAUGAGGUGUUUGAAAUCACUUCGUUGACUUUUGUGAUGUUAAGGACAGAAGGAAGUGCUUGUCCUCUGAAA